AUGCCGUUGUUGUGCCGGAGAGGAAGUGGCGGUGCGGGUGCCGGUUGCUCGUGACUGGGCCUGUUAGGCUUCGCUAGGCCGGGCGACGCGUCCUGAGGAGUCUGCGGGGGGAGUAAGUCGCCUCCCUUCGCCCUUUUGGACCCCGCGAGAGGCGGGUGAGUCUGAAAAGGGACCCGCAGGAGUAAUGAGGCGGUGGCAACCCGCGCCCUGUCACGCCGGAGCGAAGCCCCUUCAGGGCAUAGCUGUCAACUUUUCACCUUUUUAAAGGGAAAUUCCCUUAUUCCGAAUAGGAUUCCUCGCAAGAAAAGGGAAAAGUUGACAGCUGUGCUUCAGGGACACUUUCACUGGGUUUUACUUAGGAUGUGUUUAUUUAUUAUAUCGCAUUUAUAUCCCACCAUUUUUUUAACUCGAGGAGCUCGAGGUGGCGUACAUGAGUCUCCCCGCUUCAUAAUCACCCCCCACAACAACCCCGUGAGGUAGGACAGAGCGAGCGAGUGAAUUGUUGGCCCAAGGUCACCCAGGAAGCUUGGUAGCCCAUGAAGAGUGUAUACCUGAAGGAGCGUCUCCACCCCCAUCGUCCAGCCCAGACACUGAGGUCCAGCUCCGAGGACCUUCUGGCAGUUUCUCUUACUGCAGGAAGUGAAGUGACAGGGGCCCAGGCAGAGGGCCUUCUCGGUAGUGGCGCCGCCCUGUGGAACACCCUCCCAGCAGAUGUCAAGGAGAUAAACAACUACAGAACUUUUAGAAGACAUCCGAAGGCAGCCCUGUAUUGGGAAGUUUUUAAUGUUUGUUGUUUUAUUGUGUUUUCAUAUGUUUGGGAAGCCGCCCAGAAUGGCUGGGGAAACCCAGUCAGAUGAGCGGGGGUAUAAAUAAUAAUAAAUUUUCUGUUUGUCUGGAGGGACAUUGGAAAACAUCUGAAGGCAGCCCUGUAUCGGGAAACUUUUUUAAGUUUGUUGUCUCGCUGUGUUUUUAUAUUAUGUUGGAAGCUGCCCAGAAGGUUUGCGGCAACCCAGUUGGAUGGGUGAAGUAUAAGCAAUGCUUUUCUCCCCUAGGAAAAUACAGUCAUACCUUGGUUUGCGAACGUUCUAAAACAUUUUGACUCCUGAACACCACAAACCCGGAAGUGACUGUUCUGGUUUGUGAACUAUUUUUGGAAGCCGAACGUCCGACAGGGCUUCAGUGGCUUCCUAUUGGCUGCAGGAGCCACACAUUGGUUUCCAGACGUUUUGGAAGUCAAACAGACUUCUGGAAUGGAUUCUGUUCGACCUCCAAGAUAUGACUGUUGGUGCCAGUACUCACCAUGAAGUUGUUACAGUAAGUGCCACACUUUUUAACAACAACAAAGAGAGGUGCCGGUACUGCGUAACCUUGAGUACCCCCCUGAAAAAAAGCACUGAGUACAGUAUAAGUAAUAAAUUAUUGUUAUUAGAAUUUGGAUCCUGGUCUCUCCCAGGUCCCGGACAGGCAUUAACCACUACACUGCCACUGGCUCUUUCAGACAAAGCUUUCCUUUCCCCCUUCUCCCCCACACUGACACAAGAAGAACCCUGCUGUGUCAAUCUGUAGGUCAAUCCGUUUGUUUGUUUGUUUGUUUGUUUGUUUACAUGGUUUUUUUACCCCUUUCCUCCCAUCCCCAAUUUAUCCUCACAACAACCCUGUGAGGUUGGCUAGGCAUAAAGAUAGUUUAUGAAGGGGAUAGCUGAGUGGGGAUUUGAACCUGGUUCUAAGUGCUCCAUACUGGCUCUCCCAUCUAGUCCAUCAUUCUUCUUGCCUCAGUAGCCAAUCAGAUCCUGAAGGCAAUUGGUGCCCCGCUUCUGGCCACUCCUGCCGAAGCUGGUAUUUAUUGGCACUCUUUGUGGUUAUUGCUGGGUUUUUCAUAUACCCCACUCCCUGUUCAAAAAGCACUUUGUGUUUGUAAAGUAUGGCAUUGUGAAUAGCUUUUAUUGUGUUUGCCUUCAGGAAAACUUUGAAGGAUGAGUCAGUAUUGGACGAAGAGCCUCUUUUAUCUCGCUUAGUAAGAGUGAUUUGUCCUCCAGGUGGGCUGUAAACUUAAAAUUGGAACUGCAGGUUGGUUAAGUUUAAGUAGUUCUUGCCUACAUUUCAGCCUGAUGGCAGAUCAUUUUCAGUGUCUUGUCAGUCAUAGUUGUUAAUGAGCCAUUUCAGGUGUCAAAAUUAGUCCAAACAUAAGAGAUACACGAGUGCUGUGGUAUCAUUUCAGAUAAGAUGCAUCUGUUCAGUUCAAAGUUUGCUGUUAAGGCUGCACUCAUUCUCUCUCUCUCUCUCUCUCACACACACACACACUCGUGUGUGUAUAAACUCAGGGAUGUACUUCUGAGUAGACAUACAUAGGAUUGGGCUGCAAAAUAGCUUUGUGGGAAAGUUGUAGCCUGAAAACUAAACUAACUGAGCACACCCAACAUAGAAUCAGAACAUUAUUAUUUUAAAAAAAUAAACACUGCUCACCUAGUCAGUUGUAGUUCUCAAAUGCAUCUGUACCAGAAAGGUUCUGACUUUCUCUGGAAAAUGUUUAGGCUCUGAUCAUAUCUUACCUUGACAUCUGGCAGGUUUAUUUUCCAAUAUAUUUGUUUCCCAUUAUUUAAAAUAGACCUCUCAAGUGACUUCAUUUGGCAAACCCUCUCUUGUAUCUUGUCACAUUUUGAUGCAAACAAGUAGGGCUUUGCAAAACUGAAAAAUAGUACAAAAGAUGGCUGUCUGCAACCAAAACACAGUCAUUGAGAUGUGUUACUUUCAGCCUGCAAUCCUGUAGAAAUUUCUUUAUGAGUAAGCUCCAUUGAAAUCAGUGGGGUCUAUCCUGAGUAAAGAUACUUAGUGUUGAGCAAUAUGUACACUACGUUCCCACAAGUGAAACAAAUAUUUUUCUAUGUAUGCGUCCAUAGUACAUUGUUCAUUUGCUUUCUCUGAUGCCCAGGACAGAUAUAAUGCUCACAAUAUGCUAUCUAUGGUUAGGAGAUUUUUAGCAUGUUGGAAUCAUGAGUAUCUUAUCCCUCCUUUUGCAUGGGUUUGCCCCCCUCUUCCUUUUUCAGACUCCAUGAUGCAUCACUGUUCAAGAUAACCAUGCUCAGACCACAGUUGGUAUAGUUGUAAUGUUGCACCAAGGAAAGGAAGAUUUAUGCAUGAGAUUAAAGGAGGGUGGUGAGGCAAGAAAUAUAUGGAUCCCAAUCAACUCCAUUGUUGCAGUCAUGAUUUUGAGAUUAACACCAUUACAUCAGUAUUGAGCCUGAGCACAGAUGUUGGAUUAUUCUUUGACAGUGCAAUCCUAUACAUGUCUACAUAGAAGUAAGUCAGUGGAAUUUAGAAUUGUAGAAUCAUGGAGUUGAAAGGGACCCUGAUGAUUAUCUAGUCCAACCCCCUGCAAUGCAGGAAUAUGCAGUUGUUCCUUGGGGAUCGAACCUGUAACCUUGGUGUUAUCAGCACCAUACUCUAACCAACUGAGCAAUCCUCUCAAGAAAAUGUAUAUGGAACUGCUACCUGAAUUACCUGAAACUAGUUUCACAUAUCGUAAAAUCUAGGCAGAAGAAUAGGAUUCUGUUCAGCAUUUAUCUUAGAAAAUGAAUACUGUUGUUUUAUACGAUCUACCUAUCAUUCUUGCAAAUGUAUAGCAAGAUUGUAAUGAUUUUAGCUAACUUGCGGAGCCAGUAUCUUUUGUCCCUGCUUAUUUAAUUUAGCAUCCACAUGUGCCCAGAAAUGGUGAUAAAUGUAUAUACAUCCCCACCUGUGUUUGAAUAUAUCUGUAACAAAGUGUUGUGAAAGCUGCCAGCAUUCAUGGGAGAGAUAGAGAGAGGAAAAUGUGGGGGAGAACUGAACAGGUUUGUUUGUUUUAUUAGCCAAAUGUGUUGACAUAAGAGAGCUCUGGAGAUUUGAUGACUUUAAGGAGUCAAGGAGUCAACCACUAAGCUAUUCCCAAUGACAUAAUGAGAUUAAUACAUGUGUAUAUCAAAGUUCACAGGGAUGGAGCUAAAUCAUACAGAAGAGAAACGUCAUCUUGGUUCUUGAAGUGGUUGUUCUAAACUACCUCCUUAAUGUCAUGGAAAGAAACAUUUGGGAUUUUGGGGGGGGUAUUGCUUCUUAAAGUCAGAGAGGUUAGCCACCAGCAGAUGUCACUAGUAGACACAAAAGUUGUUGUACAGCAUGUUGCAGCUGUAAAGGCCUAUACAAACUAUUGCUGUGCACGUAACACACUUAAAAAUAGACAACAAAAAGAGUGGAAUAUUAAAUGCAGUAGUUGUGUCUGUGUUAUAAAGCUGUGAGUUGAAACACUAUACAAAUGUUGUGAUCUUAAGCAUGUUGGCUUUGCACUAAGUGCUAUUGAACUUAGUGGAACUUUUCUAAAAGUGAAGAGGAUUGAGUCCUUAACAUCUGAGGGCUCGUUUUGGGGAAGGCUGUGCCAAAAACACCAUAAAAGAAGCUAUAGCUGGUUUUUUGUUUCUUUGUUUUUUUAGCAUAAUACAAGUUAGACAGUACACAACCUACUUAAGAGCUAGGACUAUUUCCUAGUUCAUACAUUUAUUACAUUGUGUGUGCACUUAUUAAUUUUCUUGGAGUAGCUUCUGAGAAGACCUUUGGUUAUUACAUGGCCAGCAGAUUGUCAUCUGGUGACAACCCAGAAGUGGGCCUUCUUGGUGAUAGCACUCAUGAAUGCCCUUCCCCAGAUAAUUUGCAAGGCAGAAAUCAUAAUGACUUUUAAACAAAUCUUUAAAGGAUCUUCACUGGCACAAUUCAAAGUGUUGGUACUGACCUUUAAAUCCCUAAAUGGCCUUGGCUGAGGACACCUGAAGGAGCAUCUCCACCCCUAUCAUUCAAUCUGGACACUGAGGCCGACUUCCAAGGGUUUUCUGGAGGUUCCCUCACAGUGGGAAGUAAAGUUACUGGGAACCAGGCAGAGGGCCUUCUCGGCGGUAGCACCCUCCCUGUGGAACACCUUCCCAUCAGAUGUCAAGGAGAUAAAGAACUACACAACUUUUAGAAGACAUCUGAAGCCAGACCUGUUUAGGGAAGUUUUUAAUGUUUGACAUUUUAUUAUUUUUUGUAUUUUGCUGGAAGCCGCCCAGAGUGGCUGGGGGUGCCCAGCCAGAUGGGUGGCGUAGAAAUAUAUAGUAAUAGUAAUAAUGAUGUAUAAUCUUUAAAAAUGAAAAAGAAGAAUUGAGUACUCCAUUAGUAUCUGUACUAUGAAUCCUCAAGGACUUGGAUUUUGUUUUAGUAAGAGGUGGAAUACUGGCCUUGAUUCAUCUCCAUGUGGUAGUUCUUGUGUGCUUCUCUAUUGAAUUAGCCUCAUCUGCUCUAGUGGUGGCUCUGAAAACACACUGGAUUUAGCAUGCAUUGCUCAGUGUUUUAUGAUGAAAGCAUACAUGCUAGAUAUGCAUUUUCAUGUGUGAAAUCUUUGUGCCGAGAACCCAAAUCCGAGCUAUAUGAUGCUUCCUAAAAUAACUCUUUGUACCAGUUGUGAGAACCUGGAGCCCAGAUAAUGCAUUCACCCCCCCCACUCAAUUUCACAGCCCUCUGGGGGUUGUGGCACAGAGAUGAAGAGAAAGAUGGGGUUGCAGUGAAGGGUGCACUUAAAGUUAUGUUAGCCUAAAAUGUUCGGCUUAAUGAUUUUAAAAAACAUGUAAAUAAAAGGAUAGUUGCCAUUCAGAAGCCUCCAUCUCCUCAGAAAGGGUGACAUGAAGCAGUGGUUGCCAGCAUUUAAUUGGGUUUGCCUCUGUGUUCAAGAAUAUUCAGUGGUCUUACUCCCUGGCCUGUCCUCUCCCAGUUCUUGUGUUCCAUUGCGCGCGCACACACAGACACACGCACACACACUGGCUUGUAGUACAUCAACACAUUCCCUAAAGGGCAUUUGUUAACUUGGAGAGACACAUAUAGUAAUGAGAAGAAUCUUGUCUUCUGGUUAGGUGUCUUUGACUGAAGCAGCUGUAGUCUGAGAGAGAGAUGUGUUUAUGAUGUGAGUGCCUGUUUCAUGGAAAGUUUCUGUGAUGUCAGCACUUGUCCAGGAAUGAGCUCAUUUCACUUAAAUCACCAAGCCAGCAACAUACUUUUUGUGAUAGGUAACUCCUCUUUUAAAUAUUUGGAAAAGAUGUUAUUUUUUUCUCCUUAGAAUUGUGCAGGUCUGCUGUUUGACACAAUUGUCAAUACUUGCUAAUUGAACAAGUAUUUUAGGAAACUGAAAAAUCAAGCUUUCCAAAAAACUUAAAGAAAACUACAAUUGUUAACUGUGCUGUUUUUUUUUAAAUUGCAGGUGCUUAUAAGACUAGAGAACGCUAUGGUCUGUGCUGCUGUUUUUGCUAUUCCUCCGUUGCUGAGAAGUACUGCUGGAGUUCUUCCCAUUUGUUCUUCUAUCUUACAUCUGAAACAUGCGGCGCUAUGUUAUUGCACAGUAAAUGGGUAAGAUGUUUGUGUCCUCUAAAUACUAAAAUACAUGUUGAGAGAAAUGGAAAUAUCCCCAUAAUACAUUUAUUACAUUUCUUUAAAUUUAUAUGUCACUUUUAAUUUCAAAAAGCCCUGAGGGGUUCGCAAAUCACAUUGUCAUUUACAUAGCAUAGCAGAGCAAAUUAAACCAAAAAAACAUAUUCACCCUUAAAACAGCAGCAUAUGGGAAACAAUCCCAUAGAGUCUUCUACAAGUCCAUUUUUCCAGAACCUAAUUGGUGAUAACUUCGAGAAAGCUUGAAGGGAUACAUUUUUAACACCCAGCGAAACUGGAGUAAAUAUUAUCACUGAUGGACCUCCAGAGACUUGGUGUUUCACAGAGGAUGCUGCAGCCAAGAAGGCCCUCAACUGAGUUGCCACCCCUUGGGGCUCAGCUGGCAGUGGCACCCCAGGAGGGUUUUCCUCCAGAGAUCUCAGUGGCUGGGCUGGCACAUGGCAGGAGAUGAAUAUUUGGGUCAUUUAGGGCUUUAAAAAACAAAACGGGCUUAAAAGUGAACAGGCAGGCAGAGCAGAUUGUGGAGAAUAGGUGUUACGGUGACUCUGAAAUGGCAUGCUGCUCAGUAAUCGGUUGGCAGCCUGGGACACCCGUUGCCGUUUCCAAGCCAUUUUCAAAGGCAGCCAUGUGUAGAGCACAUUGCUGUAAUCCAGGCUUGAGGUUAUCAGGGCGUGGAUCACCAUAACAAGGUCCAGGAAUGGCUGUAGCUGCUGAAUCAUCUGCAGCACAAAAAAGUGUAUUUGGAACUUCAAAGAUGGAUCUCGGAGUAUGCACUCAUGCUUCAGGCACCCCAUAACAGUUUGUCCAACCACCUCCUAGAUUCAGAAGCUGCCCACCAACAGUACCUCCUCCGUCUUGUCAGUUUAUUGGUCCUCAGUCAUCCCAUUAUUGUUUCCAGAUACUCAUUAAGUACCUGGAAACAAAUCCCUGGAUAAACUCUCCCAUUAUCUUCAUACAGACGUUGAAGAUUAGAAAAUCUUAUGGAUGAUAAGUCUAUGAACCGUGAUAAUUAAAUGGAAGCUCAAUAUUCAGAAGUUCUAUACCUCUGAAUUUUAGACCCUAGGCACAAAAUGCCCAUUGCCUAUAUAUGACUUUCAAAGGCAUAAUGAUGGUUACUGUUGGAAACAGUGCUGAAUUUGACAGACUUUGUCUCUUCUGGCAGCUCAGUUCUGUUCUUGGCCUUAGAGUUUUGUUCUUAGUGACUAGCGACAACUGAAUCCUAACUUUAAACAGGUCUUCAAUGAGCUUUUUUAUUUAAGCUAUACAAUAAAACUGGGUAAUGACGGUCUUAAUUUGUCUUUCAUUCAAAGCAACAUGAAAUCAAAAAGAAAGCCAGAUCAUCUGGAGAGAACAGCACAUGACUUUCGACAGGAGGUUGGUAUCAUACAGCCUGAAAUCUACCAUGUGCCAAAGAACUUGGAUGAGUUUGGUGGAGACUUGGCCCUUCUGUUUAGGGAAGUUUUUAAUAUUUAAUGCUGUAUUGUUUUUAACACUUGAUUGGGAGCCGCCCAGAGCGGCUGGGGAAACCCAGUCAGAUGGGUGGGGUAUAAAUAAAUAAAUUAUUAUUAUUAUUAUUAUUAUUAUUAUUAUCCUCCUCUCUGUGAUUCUGUUUCGUUUAUCAACUUUUUGUGAUUACACGGCUUCAAGAUGGCUUGUUUCUAACAAGCAGUAGUCAACAUUAACACAGUUUGUCAGGUCAGACGAAACAACAAGCUGCGGUUAAGGAAAAACGGAAGCAAAAACUCCCAGACUCCUCAUGACUGUGCUGGAGGAGUAUGAAGGGAAAUGAGGGACAGUCCUAUUCUGCUUCUUAGCUCUAGCUCAAACCUGUUUCCCAUAACAACUUUGCAUGCAGGAUCUAGUCAUGUAGUCAUGGCUAUAAUAUUUUUGUCCGCAGAUUAGGUCACAGGUUAAUGUGAACAGGGUAAGGCUAGUCAUUUCCUACCCUGGGGCUUCACUGGGGUUGGAAUGAAAGCCGUAAAUGAUUUAACUAGCAUGACUGUUCUUUCGUUGCUGUUGUUUGACAUUGUGUAUUAAAGUUAUAAAGAAAAAAGUGUGUUAGCUUUUAACUGGCAAGUGUCCUGUUGUUUUACUGGACAGUAGACAUGUUCAAAUAUUUUUUUAGGGAGAAAUUCAUUUCCUGCCAUGUGUUUCAAAUUAAAAUGUAGCUUGGUUACAUUUCAUUUGUUAGACGCCAGUCCUGCUGGAUGGGAAAUGACAGAGUCAUAGCUGGAAUUUGAUGAGAUUAUGGUGUUGGUGGUUUUGUUUAGUUUUUUACAUCUCUGUACUUUUGGACCUGCACGAGUCAUCUGAAGAACCUGGCUUUUCAGAAUAUUAGAGUAUCUGUAGUGAACACAAUAAUUCCAAAUAGUAGUUUAGAGUGUGCAGGCUGUAAAAGUCAGGAAAACGCAGCAGAGUUAAGGAAUGAUGUAGACUGAGGCCUUUGGAGAGCCCCAUGGCAUAGUGGUUAGUGUUCAACUAAAACUUGGAUUUAAAGCCCCAUUCAGCCAUGAAGCUUGCUGGCUGACCUUGGAUCAGUCACUGGCCCAGUUUGCAUACAAAUUUAAACCAUAGUUUAAAUUUAAAGUAUGGUUUAAUGAACACAAGUGCCUUGCUGCACUCCUUCUCCUGACUGUGUCACAUGGGGGAAGAAACAAGGUGGAGUCAAGCAAACCUAGGCUUGUCAGGGCUUGUGGUUGGUGCAAGAGCCUGGGCUCAGACAUGACAGUACAAGAAGCCAGACUCUGGUUUGUUUAAGUGGCACAGUCAGGAGCAGCAGUGGUGCAAAGCCCAAUGGUUGGAUGUUACAUGAAAUUUAACAUUUCUCAGCCUAAGCUACUUCAUUGUGUUGCUAUGAAGUUAAAAUGGGAGAGGGGGGAACUGCCCAGAACUUAUUGGAGGAAGGCAGACUCCUAGUUGUCUCAUUUCAGUAUUGGUGAUGGAUGACUGGAAGGAGGUUUCAGCACGUGGGAUAUUCUCACUAUUGAAAAUGUUGAGAUGCUUUCUUGAAACAGUAGUGGUGGUAUUGGUAACAGUGAUUUUUGUAUUUUAGAUCAUUUCCAAAGCAAAAGUGUGUGGAAUCACCAGCGAAUCUGAAACAGUUAAACGUCUCCGUCUGGCAGUCACAGAUAAAGAAUUUACUUUUAAAGCAGGACAAUGGUAAAGUUCCUUCUUCUGGAUUUAUUAAACAAGAGGGGAAACUUUCGAGGGCAAGCCUAAUUUUUCGAGACAUUUUUGCAAAUUGAUCCAAGCAAUCAGCUUCUGUGGUAUUCACAGAGACAUGGGCUUUUCCUCUUCUCAGCUUUCUAUGAAACAGCUGGUAAAAGUGGUUUGGGAAUUUGUCCAAAUUUUAUCUCCAUGGAAAACAUGGCCCUGCUCAUCAAAUAGAAUAAACCUCAAUUAUAACUCUUUUUGCAUCGCCCCAAUUUGUCGCUUUGUGCUACAUUUUUUCCUGAGAGAGCUGUAUCUUAAGAAUUCCAAAAGCGCACUCCACAUAUAAAUCUCCUGGGCGACAGAGUGCUUUCUGUGCGUGUUGCAAAUGAUUUUAGUUCAUAUCACCAUGUGUUGCAGAAGAAACCUCUUUUGAAGACUUCCAAAAGCAGGUUGCAUUACAGCAUGUGGGAAGCCACUGCUCAAAGAAUGAGAAAGUCAGCAGUUUCACAGGGAAUGCCCUGUUCAUGCCUCAGAAUCAUAGAGUUGGAAGGCACCCAAGGGUCAUCUAGUCCAACCUCCCGCAAUGCAAGAAUCUUGGCUAAAGCAUCCAUGACAGGUGGCCAUCCAACCUCUGCUUAAAAUCCUCCAAGGAAUCCACCACCUCUAGUGGGAGUCUGUUCCACUGCUGAACAGCUCUUACUGUCAGAAAGUUUUUCCGAAUGUUUGUUCCAAAUCUCCUUUCUUGUAACUUGAAUUCGUUGGUUCAUGCUUUCAGGAUCUGUGAGGUUUUUUUCUGGACAAUUCAUUCAUAGUCUGAAUUGGAUUCUGUGCUUGUCAGGUUGGGGAGUUCCUGCCCUCCCAGCCCCCUUUUUUCUUUAUUUUUGUUGCUCCAUCUGGUGAACAGGUUUCAUAGGAAUCGAACUUUAUCUGAUAGGAUGCUAAUAGCAUGAGCAACUAGUUCAGUGUUAAUUUUGCAGCCUUUUACAUUUAGAACAAGAAAACAAGAUGUUGAUUGCAAUAAUUCAUGUUUGUGGAGCAAUUUGCAGCAGCCUUUGCACAUGUGCACAGAUGCAUACUAAAUUUGUGCUUGCUGGUUCUUGGAAAAACAUUUACCCUUCAAAAAUGUUUUGGUAAUUAUCAUACUGAAAACUGGAUUCUGUAAUUAUAAUUACUCUUUUCAUUAUCUUCCUUUUAAAGUAUUCUAAUUCUGUUUGGCAUGCUAACUUUCUGCCAGUGCAGCCCAUAAGUGUGAUUGUGUUCUAAUGAGAGAUACUAAGAACUAGGCCACGAGAGAAAAGGUUAAUCGGCCUACUUUUGUAAUGAAGUGGCAGGGUUUCUCUUCAUAAUGCAAACAUGCACAACUCCUUUGCAUAAUAUAAAAGUCACAUAGCCGCUUCCAAGGAGCUAGUAUUUUGCUCAAGAUAUGCCUACUUCGAAGAUAUGUCUAGCAUCACAGAUGCAGCUUGCCAGAAUCUGCAUAGCAGUAUUUCUUAGAUUGUUGCAUGCUUCAGUCUCUCUUGAAUAGUAGUCAAGGGAGAUAUAUAGUGAAAGAUACUAUUCUUCCUUUGCUUUAAACUUUCCAGCCUACCUAUUAUAAAACUGUAAUGCUGUUUGACUUAACAACUGUUACCUUCUUAAGCAGCUUUGUAAAUAAGCCUGCAAAGUUUACGGGCCCAGAAACAUGUUUAUUAGUCUGCCUGGGGGGCUAACAGAUGAUGCUUGCUGCAUUUCUAUGGAAGAAGAGCUUCCCUUCACUGGUAGCCCACGUGGUUUCCAUACUGGGUGUAGAGGAGGCACAAAGCACUCCAUCCCUCUUCUGCUAGCCCACUUACUCACUUGCAUGCAGUUCCUUGUCACCUAUGGCGAGCAGGUGAAAGAUUAAACACAGGGCUGCCAUAAAGAUUAAAGAAGCAAUAUGAGUGUGGGUGUUUCAUAGAAUUAUAGAACUGCAGAGUUGGAAGGGACCACGUGAGUCCAACUCCCUGCAAUGCAGGAAUAUUUUGCCCAGUGUGGGGUUUUGUUCUUCAAGUCUUUCCUGCAUGGAUUUUAUAAUCCACAAAGAAAAACCGGAAGAUGGGAUAUCUUGUGGCAUGGUGGGUAGGUGGGCGGCAUCUUCCUAAUAGUCUUGGCACCAAAUUAAGACUGCAGCCUGAUCCAAACUUAAGUUGCCAUUAUACAAAUCUAUGCUGCAAUCGCCUCUGGAAUACUGUGUGCAUUUCUGGUCACCUCUCCUCAAAAAGGAUAUUGUAGACUUGGGAAAUGUUCAGAAAAGAUAAGCCCAAAUGAUCAAGAGGAUGGAGCAAGGAAAGGUUGCAGCGCCUGGGCCUUUUGAGUUUAGAGAAAAGGUAAGUAAGUGUUGACACGAUAAAAUAUUCAUAUGAUUAAGUAAAAGGUAAAGGACCCCUGGACGGUUAAGUCCAGUCAAAGGUGACUAUGGGGUUGCUGUGCUCAUCUCGCUUUCAGGCCAAGGGACCCGGUGUUUGUCCGCAGACAGCUUUUCAGGUCAUGUGGCCAGCAUGACUAAACUGCUUCUGGCACAACGGAACACCGUGAGGGAAACCAGAGCGCAUGGAAUCGCUGUUUACCUUUCCACCACAGCGGUACCUAUUUAUCUACUUGCACUGGCAUGCUUUCAAACUGCUAGGUUGGCAGAAGCUGGGACAGAGCAACUGGAGCUCACCCCAUCGGCGGGGAUUCGAACCGCCGACCUUCUGAUCGGCAAGCCCAAGAGACUCAGUGGUUUAGACCACAGUGCCGCCUGCGUCACCUCAUAUGAUUAUCUAUGGGUGGCAUAGAGAAAGUGGAUAGAGUUUUUAUCUGUAGAUAAAACCCACUCCCUUAGAGUGCGUUUUACUCUCAUAACACUGGAACUCAUGAACAUCCAACGAAGCUGAUUAUUGGAAGAUUCAGGACAUGUAAAAGAAAGCCCUUCUUCACACGGUGCAUAGUUAAACACUGGAACUCACUCCCACAGGAGGAAGUGAUGGCCCACCAACUUGCAGAGCUUUAAAAGAAAUUCUCGGACGAUCGUGCUAUCAAUGGCUUCGCUUAGCCUUCAGGGUCAGAGGCAAUUAUGCCUCUGAUUACCAGUCGCCGGAAACCAAAUGAGGUGGUGCUUGGAUCUUGCUUGCAGGUUUUCUGCAGGCAUCGGGGAGAAAUUCCAUUCAUACUGAUUUUCUCACCAUGCAAUCAUCUGCAUGCGUAAGUCCCAUGGUUGUCAGUGACGUUUACUCCCAGAAGCAUGCACACGAUUGCAGCCUUAAGUAUCCAAGCACAUAAGGAUCGGAUCACACCAAGUACCCAUAGUCCUUGCCAAUUUGCCAGCUUUAAAAUGUAGAGGUUCUGGGGUGCCCUGAAAGAUUUUACAAAAUCCCAGCGUUAACCUCUCUGCUUGGGUAAUACACAGCUUCAUGUAAAUAAAGAGAGGAGCCCAACUCCAUUCAAGUUAAGGGGAACCUUGUGGUUGACUUUCAUUAAAAAUUGUGCAACUGUUUGCCCCAGACGCAGAGGUUGAUGCAGAAAUGUGUUUCUGCACAUAGAUUCUGUUUUAAAGGCUGUGCAACAGGCUGUGAGUAGAGCAGGGAAAGCAGAUACCAAUCAUGAAAUGCAUGUGGGGGGAAAACAUUUGAAAGGAAAGCGAUUUUUAAUGGUCCUUGGGAGGCGUUCCAGCAUAUAUUAUGAGGAACCACUUUCCUCCCCUCCUAAUCAGGUUUCUGUUCCUCUUGGGUUGAUAGCCUGUUUUAUAUAGCACUUGUUAGGUUUAGUUAUGAAUAAAUGCAUAUAAAUAUCAUUUAUGUGCAUGCAAUUAUGUACAAUAUCUAUAGCUUUCUGUGUGGAAUAUGUUACAAGCUCUUGAUGGUAUCUGUAAUUAGUGAAGAGCUUCCGUGAUACAGUCUAGCAGGUUAACUGUUAGGGAAUUUGCUUAAGCUUGAUACGGUUUCACAGUUAACUUAUACUGCAGUAUCUUAAUAAGACUAAAUGGGUCUUGCUUUCUGUGUUUAUCACUGUCGUAGGCAAACACAGGGUUUGAUGCACAGGGUAAGAGCCUCUUGAAGCAAGAUUCUGGAGCAUCUAGGUGGGCAGGUGCUUUUCCGCAACCUCAGUUUGGUCGUUGUCAUAUUUUAAAUAGGCUCUCGUUCUCCCAAGGCUGCUUUAAUGGUCCGAUUUGGCUAUUUAAAGUUAACUAUGGAUUAAUGUGAGUGAGGAAUGUUCACUGUGAUGGUCCUUCUCUCCUGCUGCGCUGCUCAUAAAACAAGCCAGAGUCUGGUUUGUUGUGCUGUCUAAACCCGGAUUCAUGGUUUGUUUGGGAGAAACCAGCCUGGCUUUGCAUGGCAACGACAAGCCAGAGUCUGCUUUGUUUUAUCUACGGUGCAGCAAGAGCAUUUGAGCAGUGUGUAGCAGCAGACUGGCAGUUGAAAUUAAACCAUGGUUUGUUUAAAACUAUGGUUCAAUGUAAUGUGCGAACCAUGCCAUUGUUUCACCACUGUGGUUCUGUACAAUAGAACCGGUCUUAAAUCUUUUAUAGAUCAUUUUGGUGGCUUUGUUACUUUACAAUGCUGGGGUAUAUUCAUGCAGUUUUUUUCUUUGUUACUUAACAUUGGUACAUCAAAAUGUGUAUUGCAUCUUUAGUUAUACCAGCAAACAAAAAUCUUACAUUCUCUCGUUGCUUUAGCUUGUUGGGUGUACUGGUUGCCCAAAGUAUGCACGUAUACACACUCUCACGGAGGAGAUUUCUUAAAAUGAGAUUGUGAAUUAGCUAGCGAAAAUAAGCUCUCUAGCUCCUGCCUUUACAGCAUUGGUAAAGUGUCAAUGGGCAAAUUUGCACAAGAGCAGCUUUGAGGCGUUCCAGUGAUAAUUGGGAAGAGUAUUUGUCCUCACAGAGGGGAUGGGGGUUGUCGUUUUUAAUGAAGUACUAGCUUUUGAACAAAAUCCAAGCAAGUAGGGCACUAAAUACAGUCACAGGUUAAACACCCUGCCCAACUUGUACUAAAUUAAACUGUUCAAACAUAUAGUGUUAACAUUUAGCAGGUGAAUUAUUUUGCCACUAGAGGGUGCUAUAAUGCAGCUUGGAAAGUAUCAUUUAUAAAGGGUCUUUUUUUGACCUCAAGGUAACGACUUCAUAAUCUGUGAACUCCUGUAUGUUAAAAAAACAAACAAACAAACAAAAAAACAUUCAAAGCUCCCCGCUCCUCCUAGAUGCUGGUUUGGAAAAAUAAUUGAGUAGUGUUGAUUUUGGCAACAUAGUGAAAAAUUCGCCUUUAGAACUUAACUCAUCCGGAAUCGUUGAUCAUGAUGUGGAAGCAGACUUCUGUAGCUGAAUGAACGUAGUAGUGUAGACUUGACUUUACAGAGCAAAAUGCAUACCACACUUGGGUCUGUACGCACCCGUCUCCUUGGGAGAUCUCCAGAAGGCUAAAAGAUGGGAUAUUAAUACAAUCUGUGCUACAUCAAUAAGUUCCUUUCAAUUAUACAUCACUACAGAAGCAAUCAGCCAUUCUGUCUGGCUGCACCUGAGGGGCAGGUAACACUGCAAGGUCCAUUAGGUUGGCUCGGCUGGGACCAACUACCAUUCGCCUCCUCUCUCCAUUGAUGAAACUGUCAGCUCCAGCGGCCCUCCCUUCUGGUCAUUAUUAUUAUGUGGCAUUUUGUAAGAACUGGAACCAGAAAACAAAUAAAGUGUAGGACACAUUUCAAAACUUGUCCUAAUAAAUAAAGCUACAUUACAAAGUUGAAGAGUUAGCAAACUGGAACUUUAGUUUUAAAUGGAGGAUAAAAAAGAAUUUUGCUUUAGAAGACACUGAGUAGGGGACUUUUCUUUCUUGAAUCUGUUUUUUCUCACAGGGUAGACUUCUUUAUACCUGGAGUUGCUGUAGUUGGUGGAUUCUCAAUAUGUUCAAGUCCUGGUCUGCUGCAGCAAGAGGGAGUUUUGGAACUAGCAGUGAAGCAAACCACACACCCUCCUGCUCAUUGGGUUCACACUCAGGUAUUUAUAAGCUACUUAGUGCUGUUAGUUGUCCUCAUUUUUUAGUGUUGUUUUAAAAAUUAUUCGACUGUUUCAACUGUUAUAACUCCCCUUGAGAUCUUCAGGUGAAUGACACUGUAAAACAAUCUUUCAAUAGUCUGCCCAGACUAGUAUUCAAGUCAAAUUUCAUUUCAGUUUUGUACCUCAUUGUCACGGUCUGCAGUGGGAGCUUUAAGUUCUCCUACAAAGGUUUCUUCUCCUUCAAAGGAUAGGUACUUUCUCUACAAAAGCAUUUCCUUUUCCUUGAAUUGAAAGCUUUACCUUUUUAACGCAACCCACUUUUCAAAACUAAAUUUAUGCAAUUGCACACACAGUUCUCCUUCCUUUGUGCAUCUGGCCCAGUAUGCUGGGAGUGAGGGGCCUUGGGACUGGUUUGUGAAAUAGCCACCUUCAGCUUUUGUUAAAGCAAAUUGGCAGGUGACCAAGGCACACAGACGUGACACAGACUUGCAAAUAGUAAAAGUGCAAUUCUGAAAAAAAGAAAGAAAGUUGGGACAUCGGCCAGGAGAAAGGGCAGCUGUAAGCUUGUAUCUGUUUUAUCUGCUGCAGUAUGGAAACACGGUACGGGGACGCGGGUGGCGCUCUGGGUAAAACCUCAGCGCCUAGGACUUGCCGAUCGCAUGGUCGGCGGUUCGAAUCCCUGCGGCGGGGUGAGCUCCUGUUGUUCGGUCCCAGCUCCUGCCCACCUAGCAGUUCAAAAGCACGUCAAAGUGCAAGUAGAUAAAUAGGUACCGCUUUAUAGCGGGAAGGUAAAUGGCGUUCCGUGUGCUGCUCUGGUGCCGGUUCGCCAGAGCAGCUUCGUCACGCUCGCCACGUGACCCGGAAGUGUCUGUGGACAGCGCUGGCUCCUGGCCUCUAGAGUGAGAUGAGCGCACAACCCUAGAGUCUGUCAAGACUGGCCCAUACGGGCAGGGGUACCUUUACCAUGGAAAUACCAGAAAGUAAAGUGACUGGUGUCAAGCCGUGUGGACUCCUGUCGAACACAAGUCUCUUUAACAGAGCAAAUACAAAGGUCUCUGCUGUGGUGAUCUGGAGCUACACUUAACUGUGGUUAUGUUUGUUUAGUUAUAUCAUACUUGAAACAUCUCUAGGCCGCUAAUCGGGGCAAGCAAGGCAUCUUUCAUAAAAGCACGCUUCAAGAGAAUGCCAUUUUUUUAUUUGGGGGCUUACUUUUGUGCUGUUGGAGUCGAGAAAUAUGCUUCUCUCUCGCUGACAUUGUAUUUGUUGACUAACAUUUCAGUGUAAAAUCAAUGCCGUCUGAUCACUUGAGCAAAAAGCUUCCCCGAGUGAGCCCUAAUCCAUCCGGUACCAUGUGACCAUAAAAAGUGCUCCUACUGUUCUUAAAUAGGUUAGUUUCAUGCGCCAUUGGAAUUUCAAUAAAAUAACUCACUUUGAAAGAUGUUCUGGAGAAGUAUAGAGCCAGUGUUACUGGACCACACAUGCUAAUACAAAUCCUUGUGGAGAUUUCCUAUUGAUUUCCCUGUUGCUCAUUAGGGACCUCUCAGAACCUAACUUCAUAAUUAUCUGCCUCUGAGGCAUCUCUUAGGAGUUUUCCUUCCUUCCUUCCUUUCCCUACUUUAAUUUUUUAAAUUAAAUUCAUAGUGGCACAGCACUGAAAGCAGUUAAAGGCAUUAGCUAGUUCUGGGGAGAGCAUGUCAAGACACUGGGAUUAAUGGUGAUCUAGAAUUGCUGAUUAUUAUUCAAGGUUUUUUAUUAUUAAAAAAUCUAUGUUGUAUCAAUUUGUAGCUUUUAAACUGGGCAUCUGUAUCCCUAAAAUGAACACUGUCAUCUGAAGAGAUUGCAAACCUAUGCCUUUUAACAAAAGUGUGGAAUGAUUAUAGAGCCAAUGCAACUAAUCUUAGAUAUUUCCAUUGCAUAUGAUUCUGUGGUACGUUUUUCUUAAAUUAUGUAGUGAAUUGUGAGAUCUAAACAAUAAGUGGUUUUGAAUCUCUUAGUAGCAGUAAGGCAUCUAUCUAUCAUCUAUCUAUCUAUCAUCUAUCUAUCGUUUUAUUAUGCUUUUUAUUGUUAACUCUUUGGGAUAUUUUAAUUUUUUUAAGGGAUGUAUACUGUGCAUUUGAAAAUAGCUAUAAAAAGAGUGGCUGGACUGGUUUAGAAAUCAUUGAAUUGUAGACAAGGCCUAGUUUGCAUGUCUAAUGGGCUCUUGUCUUAAUCUGAGCAUAUUUUAUUGUGUAUGCAGAUAAAUAUAUAACUAUAAAUUUCAAAGUACUUUUUUAAUGCAAGAUGUAGAAGGGCACAGUACUGUUCAGUUUUAUUCCCCUUUCUGUGUGCAAGUAGAACAUGUUUAGCCUCACUGAUUCUCUGGGAGUGUUACCACUUCUGAUGUUUUAUUAGGGGGGGGAACCUUGGCAUCUGAACCCCUGUGUGCAGAGUUCCAGUCAUGCAACAGGGCUUUUCUCCCCGCUCCCAUAUGCAGUUUCCAGAAUCCCUGAAAACCCCAGGGGACUUUGCAGAAUGGUGUGGGUUGCAGAAGAGGUGGAAAUUUAUUUGCUGAUGCAGGGGACGGUUCCCCAAUUUCUGCUUCCACUUGUGCUAUGCCUAUUGAAUCCCAAACCAACUACUUCAGUGCUUGAGUCCAACAUGACAAUAUUAAAUUUUCUUUUGACUUCUCCCACUUUCAGUAGUUAGAAAAUGUUAAACAAGAUGUUCAACAAUUGUUUGGCCAUAUCUUUAAAUACAACUUUCAUAUAGUUCAUCUGUUUCCCCCCCCCCAUGAGGUCAUUCCACAUAGUGCUUACUUAAAGACGUGACCCAAGUUGACCUGCGCUGUGUCAGUCCAGAUUUUACUCUGCAUAAUUUGAUUUUCCCUGCAAAGGGGGUGUGCACUUUUUUAUCCCAAAUCCACUCCUGUGUGUCUGUGACUGGUAACUCUUUUUGGCUAACAUGUCGCCAUAACAGCUGCAAAGAUUGAUUGAUAUGAUUGUAAGCUAAACACUGAAAUGAAUGCAGGCAUGCUUGUUACGUUUUUUUGGAGAGCACGGACAGCAUUUCCUUUUAAAAACCCAUUACCACUGCAGAAUAAUUUCUUCCCACUCUGUAACAUUCCUCUUGGGAGCAUUCAUCUAAAAAUACAGCUGCUCAACUCCUGGGACUUUCGAAUCCCUUCCUUGCGGUCCCAAGUUCUCUGAACAUCACACUGCUUUGUUUUAAGCCCGUAUCAUGGAAUCGGAGGAAGAAUGUAACCAUAUAUCGUUAUCACUUGGAGCAAUCUGCCAAAUGACAUUCUUAACUUUGGCGAAUGUGUGUAUUAGAAUAAUCUAACUUUUUCUUCAACCGGGAGGCAUGUAGGAGUGGCUUUUCGGAUACUGCCCUGUCUGAUUUACUUUCAAGCCCUUUAAUAUCUCUCUCUCUCUCUCUCUCUCUCUCUCUCUCUCUCUCUCUCUUUUCUCCCUUAGUGUACACUUGGCUCAGAGGUGGCCUUGCGAGUGGGAGGCAACUUCUUCUUUGAUCCUCAACCUGCCGACGCCCCUGCAAACCUCGUGCUCGUAGCUGGCGGAGUCGGAAUUAACCCCUUAUUUUCUAUACUGCUCCAUGUCGCAGACCUUCAAAGAACUCGAGAGAACAAAGGAUCUGGCUACAAAAUGGGAACGGCAAAUUUGUUCUAUUGUGCAAAAAACACUCAUGAGCUGCUCUUUAGGGUAGGUUGCAUUAUAUUAUGGUGAUGGUGGUGAGCAUUUGUGCCCUGCUGUUCAGCCAAAAGGCUCCCAGAGCAGCUUGCAAUCAAUUAAAACAAGAUAGCCCCUACCUGCAGGCUUACAAACUAAAAAAAAAAGCGGGAAAGGGACAGGGACAGGGAGGAAAGAGAGGGACAUGCAUAACACACAAAUAUAUAUAUCCAUCAUAUGCUUUACCCCAAGAUAUGCUUGGGUUAGCUCUGAGACUGAUUGGGUAGAGAUGAGCAGAGAGAGGGGCAUCCUUUGCUGAGAUAGAUGGUCUCAGUCUCUGCUGCCUACUCCCUUGGCAGAAGCGGUCAUAGUCUGCCACUCCUCAGUCAACGCAGCUGUCAGGGAACUGCCAUCAGCUCAGAGGCGAGAAAUAGAAGGGCAGUUGUGUUACAGGGAGCCUCCGAAAACCUUGCGAAGCAGUUCCUCUUCCAGGGAGGAGGAAAGCCCCACCUCCAGUGGGGAAGAGGCGGAAGGACCAGAGGAUGCUGGUGGGAGCCUUAACACCGCUCCUGGGCAAGCCGGACAGGAGGGAAACACGCCCUUGCCAUCGCCCAUCCUGUGCAGUAGUCUAAGGCGCAAAGAGGGAAGGAGAAGGCUGGGGGUAACGAAACUCUUAUGUUGGGGGAGGUCCAAAAGACGACCACUCCCGGGUUCUGCUAGCGAUUGAGCCAGACAUGAGCUUUGGGGCUCUUCACUGUAAAUAGAUUGCACCAAAAUAAAGCCUGUAAAAGACAGGUUGGAGUCCUGCCUGGUUACUCUCGAGCAACCGCAACAGCCAUCUGACAGCAGCCAUUGGAGUAUGAAGGCCAGACAAGGGAGGCCACUCCAGACACAAGCUGCUGCUGCUUCUCCUCCUCCUCUAGCUGCCCUUCAGACCUUUGCUCCAGAAGCAGUGGCCUGUGGAGACGUUGAACAGAUUCUGGGAGGGGCAUUUCUUCCUCACUGGGCACGAGAAGUCAUGUUCUCCUGCCAAGGUUUCCAUCUUCCUUUUUCAUCCCUGCUGCCAGGUCACAUGUAUGUGUUUCCUCCCUCUGCAUCUGCAACUGCGCUAAGGAGGAGAAAUGUUCACGAGAGGGGGGCAGAAAAAGAGUGGCCAGCUCCCAAAAGCUUAUUUGUAUGUUUGGAUGGCAUUGUAGGAAGUAUUCCCCAGCUCUCUUGGGCAGUAGGAAAUGAGAAAGUUCCAUUAUCCUUUGCUUGAACAGAGUGCUGUGCUCUUACACUCCUCUUCCAAUCUGUGGGGUUGGGACUAUGCAUGGAAAGCAUCUGCUUUGAUUUAUCGGGCUGUGGCUUGAGCAAAUAUCAUUCGCAUUCCAGAAACAUAUCCUUGGUUUGACGAACACAUUUCCUGGAAGAAUCACAUGCAGUUUCCAUGUUACCAAGCAGAGUUCCCCAAUCUGUGAAAAUCUUCAGCCUUACAUCAAGGGUAUGUACUGUACGUUAAAAGUAUUCACUGCAUUGUGAGUUAGCAUUAAGGGGACAUAACUCAAUUUGAUUCUCUGGCUGCCUUUUCAUGUACAUAAUUCUGGUCAGAGACUUAAUAAGGAGUCUCUGUAAUCCCUGUUGUAUUUCCUCAAAAGUAAUUCCCAUUGUUGUCAAUGGGCUUUCUCCCAGGCAAGCUUACAUGGGAUUGCAACCUAAAUGAGACUUAUCUUACCCAGAGUUGGACAGCUUCUCUGCUACAUUCAGUGAUCUUGUCUCUCCUAAUUCUCAUUUACCAUUUUUUCCCUACAACUUUAUAUUUUUCUUGGUACUAACUAACUUGAUCGUGUUUCACCUUAUGCCACAGCUCAAAAGUUUUGAUCCCUAUCUGGGGUUUACUCUUAAGGAGAACAGACCUUUGUCUUAAACAAUAAAUCUAGUAAGGACUGCAGUAAAUUUGUAAACUGCCCCACGUAGCUGAAACAGACCUAGCUGUUGAAUAAUGGUGGUUUCUUCUUUUGAGUUUUUAAAUAGCUUCAUAAUUUCCCUUAUUUCUUGUGUUCUGUAUUAGAAGGAAGAAUAUCUGCAGAUGAUCUAGAAAAACAUAUCUCCACGGAUACUUUGUGGUAUAUCUGUGGUCCACCUGCAAUGAUUGAAUCCAUCUCCAAAGUGCUAGCAAACCUUGGUGUGACUCAAGAUAAAAUUUUCUUUGAAAAGUGGUGGUAG